AUGACCUUUGAUACAUUCAAUAUAUUAAUAUUAUUAGGAACACUCAAACAACCUUCGAUACAAAAGCCCUGUAUUUCAGUUGGCACUUUACGUAUCACGUUUCAAAAACUUAGAGUUAAUAAUGCCCAUCUUCUUGACAUUCAUUGUCCUGCUCGCAACACUGUGGCUAUUCUAAUUCAUAAUGAUUAUGAAGUAAAACUGACUGACUUCCUCUGCCAUCAUAACAUCUCAAUUAAAGCAGAUUUUAAUCCUUCUAGUAAUAAAAUCCUUGCAGUUAUUAAAUACUUCUUUCUUAUUGCUGAUGAACGUGACACUAUUGCCUCUCAAGUUCAAAAAACUCGUAUUGAACGUGCACUUUAA